AUGCGCGAGGACGUCUUGUUUAUCGGAUUACCGGCGUUUGAGGAUGGGGUUUGGACCGGCGAUCAUCUUCGGUACAGUGACAAUCAAUAUACCAUCAUUCCCGGUAAUAUGUACACGGUUGCUAAUACGCAAAACUUUAUAACACUUCAACAUCGUGCUCAACUGGUGUCGAAAAAAUUCAGGUCUGCGAGAGAUGAAAUAGUGAUAAUUUGCAACCUUGGUCCAACACAAAUCACCAAGAUCCCAAAGAUCCUGCCAAGUGGUAGAAUCAAUGACGAGUACAAAAAUGUGACACCAGACAGGGAAGAUGCGCAAGCAGUCCAGAUAAAAGCCAAAAAAGAUGCCAUUUGUGAGGCCAACAUUGAAGCUGCUAUCCAGGCUGUUAGAGAGAAGAGGGCUAAAAACCUCUCAGCUGCAGCUGGCCAGUUCAAUGACACAAUUCCCCCAUCAAAUCCAGUUCAUGAGCUGUUCAGAUACCAACCUCAGCCUGCACCUCAACCCUCGAUGUCGAGAAAUGAACACAUACUAGAUUUUCCCCAACCUGGCAUCCUGCACCUCAGCCUCACCUUCCACAUAUUUCACACCCUCACUUUGCACCAGCAAGUUGCAGUAACACAGAUUUCCAAGUUGGUGAUAUGGUGCAGACUCAGCACAGCCUUUCAUGAUCCACAACAGUUCAAGAAGUUCAAAGUUUUAAGCCUGCGCUCAGAGAGUGAAAGUCACCUGUGCCGCUACUAUGCUGAGAUUAGAGGUGGACCCUGA